CUUUGUUGCAGAUAGAUGAAAAUGUUAAAAGAGAAAUCAUUAAUCACAGGUCUCUGAGGCAUCCAAACAUUGUUAGGUUUAAAGAGGUGAUUUUAACCCCCACCCAUCUGGCGAUUGUUAUGGAAUAUGCAUCUGGAGGAGAGCUUUUUGAGCGAAUAGGCAGUGCUGUGCGCUUUAGUGAGGAUGAGGCACGGUUUUUCUUUCAACAACUUAUAUCUGGAGUCAGCUACUGCCAUGAAAUGCAAGUAUGUCACCGGGACUUGAAGCUGGAAAACACGUUGUUGGAUGGAAGCCCAGCUCCUCGGUUGAAGAUAUGUGAUUUUGGGUAUUCCAAGUCUUCGGUUCUUCAUUCACAACCAAAGUCAACUGUGGGAACUCCUGCCUACAUUGCUCCAGAAGUACUGCUAAGGCAAGAGUAUGAUGGCAAGAUUGCAGAUGUGUGGUCAUGUGGGGUGACCUUAUACGUGAUGCUGGUGGGAGCAUAUCCUUUCGAGGAUCCUGAUGAACCAAAGGAUUUUCGCAGGACUAUACAAAGAAUUCUCAGUGUCCAGUAUUCCAUUCCCGACGGCAUUCAAAUAUCUCCUGAGUGUCGUGACCUGAUCUCAAGAAUUUUUGUUUUCGAUCCUGCAACGAGGAUCACCAUUCCUGAAAUCAAGAACCAUGAGUGGUUUUUGAAGAAUCUUCCAGCGGACUUGAUGGAUGAAAGAAUGAUGAGCAACCAGUUUGAAGAGCCAGACCAACCAAUGCAGAGCAUUGAUGUGAUCAUGCAGAUAAUUGCUGAGGCCACCAUUCCAGCAGUUGGGACUAAUAGCCUCAACCAGUAUUCGAUAGACAACCUGGAUAUGGAUGAUGACAUGGACGACUUGGAUUCUGACUCGGAGCUUGAUAUCGACAGCAGUGGGGAGAUAGUCUACGCACUGUGACACCUCUUCUGCAUGAUAGUGAGUUCUUUGGGCCUAGGGCUGUGUGAAGAUCUAACUAAGAGAGUUUGGUAGUAGUGUCUCUGGUAGAUUAGAGUAGAUAAGACCUUAGAGAAGUGUGUAAUGUUAGUACUUAUAAAAAAAAAAAAAAUUGUGUAAUGUUAGUGUCAGCAGUGCUCCUUGAAGUGGUGUUUAUAACAUGAAGCUUUUCACCUUUCUGUCUCUGGAGUUUGAUUUUUACAGCUUUAUAAAGGAUGGUGGUGGAUUAAAAUCGGACCGGAGCUGUUGUAAGCCACCCCUUCUCAUUCCCGGUUGAACGCUUGUUUGUUUGUUUGUUGUUUUCGCAUUCUGUUCUUUGUGUUGUGGCUUAAAUACAUGGAUGUAUACUUCAACAAUUCUUGUGCAAUUUUCAUUAAAUUUAGCAGUGUAGUUUUUUCAUUGUAUCA